UGCACCAUGAAAACGCGGCAUACACGUUUAAGGCAUUCUAGCAAGUAGGCUUGCAUUUUUCAUGAAAUCCGGCUGGGCUUCGCGGCUUUUUGGCGGGUUAAAGGUUUUGUCAGUAUUUCACGCAGUACUGUAAAGAUUUAACGAAGCGCAAGGAUGGGAGAUAAGGACGGCGAAACCUUUGACGAUGCAGUGGAAGAAAGAGUUAUCAAUGAGGAAUAUAAAAUUUGGAAGAAAAAUACUCCGUUUUUAUAUGAUCUUGUGAUGACACAUGCUCUUGAGUGGCCAUCCUUGACUGCACAAUGGUUGCCCGACGUAACUAGACCAGAAGGGAAAGAUUAUUCGGUACACCGCCUUAUUCUAGGUACGCAUACUUCAGACGAACAGAACCAUUUGCUCAUUGCUAGUGUGCAAUUGCCGAACGAAGAUGCUCAAUUUGAUGCUUCUCAUUACGACAAUGAGAAGGGAGAAUUUGGUGGAUUCGGAUCUGUCAGUGGAAAAAUAGAAAUCGAAAUAAAGAUAAAUCAUGAAGGAGAAGUGAACAGAGCACGGUAUAUGCCGCAGAAUCCUUGCGUAAUCGCAACUAAAACACCAUCCAGCGAUGUUCUAGUGUUCGAUUACACUAAACAUCCUAGUAAACCAGAUCCAAAUGGCGAAUGUCAGCCCGACCUGAGGUUGAGAGGACAUCAGAAGGAAGGUUACGGCCUGUCGUGGAACCCUAAUCUCAAUGGAUAUCUGCUGAGCGCAUCCGAUGAUCAUACGAUUUGCUUGUGGGACAUUAACGCGCCGCCAAAAGAAAACCGUGUUAUUGAUGCGAAAACCAUAUUUACUGGACACACCGCUGUUGUCGAGGACGUAGCAUGGCACUUGUUGCACGAAUCUCUAUUCGGUUCGGUGGCGGACGAUCAGAAGUUAAUGAUAUGGGAUACAAGGUGUAACAACACAAGCAAACCGAGUCACACAGUCGACGCCCAUACCGCCGAAGUCAACUGUUUAAGCUUCAAUCCGUACUCAGAAUUUAUCCUCGCGACUGGCAGUGCUGACAAGACUGUAGCACUCUGGGAUUUGAGGAACCUCAAACUGAAGCUACAUUCCUUCGAAUCUCACAAGGAUGAGAUCUUCCAAGUACAAUGGUCACCGCACAAUGAGACGAUAUUAGCUAGUAGCGGCACAGACAGGCGUCUACACGUAUGGGAUCUGAGCAAAAUCGGUGAAGAGCAGUCCAGCGAGGAUGCCGAGGAUGGCCCACCCGAGUUACUUUUUAUACACGGCGGCCACACCGCAAAGAUCAGCGAUUUCUCAUGGAACCCGAACGAACCUUGGGUGAUAUGUUCAGUGUCAGAGGAUAACAUAAUGCAGGUAUGGCAAAUGGCAGAAAACAUUUACAACGACGAAGAACCGGACACGCCAGCAAGUGAACUCGAAGCUGGUGCUUCAUAAACUGUGAGAAAUAAUCCAUUAAAUUAUUUGAUAUUGAAAUUUUCUAUGAUAUACGCGCGCGCAGGCGUGAAAUUGAUCAUUCGAGCUAGUAUAAGAGAGACGUUAAAACGAGUUUGUACGUUAAAACGAAAAGAACAUCAAGAAGCAAUAAUGUCUAUUUUUACUACCGAUCUUAAAGCCCGUUCGCGCUUCUAGACGAUAUAGAUCGAACGAACAUCGCGAGCAACUGGUUGCGUCUACGUCUCGUUUUCUUUCACAUUCACUUUUCCCUAUCAUUUUUCGGCUGGUUCGAUCAAUUUCUCCAAACAUUUGUGUACAUGUGUAGCUCUAAGUUGAAUGUGCCGGAUGAAACCGAUAUUGCCAUUUUGCUCGAUUUUCCUCAGGACAAGGGUAAAACGUGAGAGCGAAAAGAGCACCCGCCUGUCGAUACUCUGUGCGUCUUUCUCUUCCGUUAGAAUUUCGCAAUUCAUCGCGACACAUCCAUUCACGGACGCAACUACCGAAACGAAACAGCCACACGAAUCUAUUUGAUUUCGAUUUCUAUUGACGUCAAUUGUUCGACAAACUCGAUCUGUAUCCGGCGAAACGUUAUCGUUUUUCUGAUUUCUUUGUACGAACAGAGAACAGUUCGAGUUUCCGCUACUCGGGGACUGCAUUCGAGGUUCUUCCUGUUUCGUUCGUCUCCGCAUCGUUUCCUUCUUACAUACCACCCACGAGUCACCUUAUCACCGAAUUACGGCAAAAACAAAUAAUCGGAAAAGUACAGCAUAUACGCUCAGAAACUGUGUACUACAGAAACUCGAUGGAAAUAGCGUCGAGUUCUCGAUGCUUGUAAAGUACACUUCACCGUUUUCCUGCAUUUUUCAUCGAUACGGAUGUCUUGGGUGUGUUUUAAUACUUUGGAUAAUAAAAUCGACCGUACGUAUUA